AGAAUUCUUUCUAAUCUGGUAUCUUCUGAUUCUUAAGAGCUAGAACCAAGUCUGAAAACUUUUGCAGACACAGGAAGUGAAAAAAUAAUAAUAAAAUGGCCUCCAUUUCAGCUUCAAGACCUUUUAUGCUUUUACCGGAAACUUUGCAAAUUCUCAUGCAAGAACACUGAAACCUUGGAAGAUUCCAUAAUCGUGGGUGGGGUGUGUGUGUUAAUUUUUAAAUAAAAGGAAAUUCUCCAGGUAUUAUUUAGGGAUUUAAUGAAGGUUGUGGUGUCCAAAGUCACAACAUUGCCAGCUUUUGUGCUAGAAAUUAAGAAAAAAGACUUGUUAUUGGGAAAAGGAAGAAAAAUAGGGUAUUUUAAUAAUUUUUCACCCUUUCCUGUUUUCAGAACUUUCUAAAGAGUAAAGAAUUAAUUGAGUAACUCCAAUCCUGACGGGAUCUUGAAUAUACCCUUGUUUCUGUCUUGCCAAAAAGAGCCAGCCUCUCCUCAUGCUUCGGAACGGUUCCUUCUGAGUCCACAAACUGAAGCCCAGGGCAGCCACGGCCCCCCUUUUGCGUUCCACCCACGAGGGAUCGCAGUGGAGAUGAGGAAUUCAGAAGAGCAAACCUCAACGACAGUUUUACAGCGUUUGCUGCAGGAGCAGCUCCGAUAUGGGAAUCCUAACGAGAGCCGCACCCUCCUUGCUCUGCACCAGCAGGCCACAGGCAGCACCCCACCUUUUGCCAGCAACGGGAGCCCCGGGGCUCCCAGCGAAGGGCUGAGCAACCAGGACCACCCCAUCGGGACCCAUGUUGCCCGCCAAGAGCCCCAGGGCCAGGAGAUUCAAAUGGACAACAGCAUCAUGGAGAAGCAGCUCUCGCCAAGGCUCCAAACAAGUGAGGACCUCCCGACCUACGAAGAAGCCAAAGUCCAGUCUCAGUACUUCAGGGGCCAACCACAUGCUAGCGUCGGAGCAGCGUUUUACGUGACCGGCGUCUCCAACCAGAAGAUGAGGACCGAAGGGCGCCCCACAGUGCAGCGGCUGAGCCCAGGGAAGGUCCACCAGGACGAAGGACUGAAGGACCUCAAGCAGGGACACGUCCGCUCCCUGAGCGAGCGGCUGAUGCAGCUGUCUCUGGCCACCAGCGGUGUGAAGGCCCAUGCCCCCGUCACCAGCGCCCCGCUUUCCCCGCUCUCCUCCCAGCAGACCAAUGACUUCUACAAGACCUCCGGGGCAGCUCCUCCGCAGCCCGGCGUGAAAGGGAUGGAGCACCGGGGGCCCCCUCCCGAAUACCCGUACAAGAAUGUGUCCAGCCCGUCCAUGAGUUGUAAGCCACAGGAGCCCGGGCAUUUCUAUGGCGACCACCGCCUGCCCCAGCAAGGGCGCUGCGAUGGGCCUGCAAUGAGGUACCAGCACCCCCCUGAAUACGGCUCAUUCCGGCAAAACCCAGAGAUUCAGCUGCCAUUCCAACAACGACCUCCCCACCACCACAGCCCGACCUCCUCGUUGACCUCUUUGGGGUCCCUGACGCUGUUACAGUCACUGCCGCCUUCCAGGCUGUCACCUUCUCAGCAUCAGCCUCCUCUGACCCCCAACCAAGGAGACCCGUUUUCUCUGCCACGGACGCAGCAGCUGUUUUUGCCCAACCAGAUCCACCAGGGUGACCUUUACCGACUCUGCCAGCCUGUUAUUGGGCAGCAGCAGCACCAGCAAGGGGACUCUUACUCGGCCCUGCCCAGGCCCCCACCAGCACCUUCUCCCUAUCAACAAAUGCCGGUGGACCCCUAUGUCAUUGUCUCCAGGGCCCAGCAGAUGGUGGAAAUCCUCUCUGAGGAGAACAAGUCUCUACGGCAAGAGCUGGAUGGAUGCUAUGAAAAAGUAGCAAGGCUGCAAAAGCUGGAAACGGAAAUUCAACAAGUUUCAGAGGCCUAUAAAAAUCUGGAGAAGUCUUCCUCAAAGCGGGAGGCUCUGGAAAAGACCAUGAGAAACAAGCUGGAAUGUGAAAUCCGCAGACUUCAUGACUUCAAUCGUGAUCUCAGAGAACGUAUGGAUACAGCUCAUAAGCAACUUGCAGAGAAAGAAUUUGAAGGCACUGAGGAUAACAGGAAAACCAUCUCCCAGCUCUUUGCACAAAACAAAGAAACGCAGAGGGAAAAGGAGAAACUGGAAGUGGAGCUGGCAGGGGUUCGCUCGACUAAUGAGGAGCAGCGGAGGCACAUUGAGAUACGCGAUCAGGCGCUGAACAAUGCACAGGCCAAGGUGGUGAAGCUCGAGGAAGAACUGAAGAAGAAGCAGGUCUACGUGGAGAAGGUGGAGAAGAUGCAGCAGGCCCUGGUUCAGCUGCAGGCGGCUUGCGAGAAGCGAGAGCAGCUCGAGCACCGUCUCAGGACGCGGCUGGAGAGGGAACUCGAAUCGCUCCGGAUGCAGCAGCGCCAGGGAACCUCUCAGACAGCCAACGCCUCCGAGUACAACGCCGCUGCCCUGAUGGAGCUCUUGCGGGAGAAGGAGGAGAGGAUCCUGGCUCUGGAGGCGGACAUGACCAAGUGGGAGCAGAAGUAUCUGGAAGAAAGCGUCAUGCGGCAGUUCGCCUUGGACGCGGCGGCCACUGUGGCCGCUCACCGGGACACCACUGUAAUCAGCCAUUCCCCCAACGCCAGCUAUGACACCUCCCUGGAAGCUCGCAUCCAGAAGGAAGAGGAAGAGAUCCUCAUGGCUAACCGGAGGUGCCUUGACAUGGAGGGCAGAAUCAAGACUCUCCACGCUCAGAUCAUUGAGAAGGACGCCAUGAUCAAGGUCCUUCAACAGCGAUCCCGGAAGGAGGCCAGCAAGACCGACCAGCUGUCUUCCAUGCGGCCAGCCAAGUCCCUGAUCUCCAUCUCCAAUGCUGGCUCUGGCUUGCUCUCCCACUCCUCCACGCUCAGCAGCACCCCCAUCCUGGAAGAGAAGAGGGAGGACAAGAGCUGGAAAGGCAGCUUAGGCGUUCUGCUGGGAACGGAAUGCCGCUCGGAGUCCGUCCCUUCCACCCCCUCGCCAGUUCUUCCCUCCACGCCGCUGCUCUCUGCACACUCCAAGACGGGCAGCCGGGACUGCAGCACCCAGACAGACCGGGGCAGCGAGCAGAACAAGGCCCCUGCCGCCUCGCCUGCGCCCCCCACGCCAGGGAGACUCCCGGCGGUGAAUCUGGCCUACGGGGCAGACAAAGCAGACGGCUCCAUUUUCCAUUCCAGCACCCUAGAAAGGAAAAACCCACCGCAGAAUUUGGGGCAGGACCUCAACGAUGGAGAAAUGGUGGAGUAUCUCAUCUGAAAAAAACAUGCAGACAGCAUAGCAAGAAUAAUUUUCCCAGAUACUUUUUAAAAAUAGAAGUUACAGUUAUUGUCUCGUAAAGGAACCUUCCUUUUUUGUUGUUAUUUGUGUAUAUACUUUUCUCUCAAAGUUAUGGACAGGUUAACUUAUAAUUGGUUCCAAAAUUAUUAAACUAGUUUAAGAAUUGUUUUCCCUAUCUUUUUUUUUUUUUUAAAUACUGGAUCUGGUAGCAGCUGGAUGAAAAUAAACCAAGAUCUUAAAUGCACUAAAUUUUUAAAAUUUCAGUAUUUUUAAAAAAAGCUUGUAUUUAAGAGAAACUUGUUUAGCUGUCUGGAUAUCCAUAAUGCCUUCCCCAGCCUUUGCUCGCCAGUGUUUGCAAGAGCUGGGCCAUACCACGGUGCUGCCGCUUUUGAGUAUUAAGUUUCCCGAAGAUUUCAGUUUCCUCAGAAUCUUUGAGCCUCCAAGAGGUGGAAGGAAACUUUCUCUCCGUGUUUUCCUUCUAAGACGAAUGUCCCAUUUUCGCAGAACAUUCCAGGACUGGAGAAGAAAUCCAGAUAAAAAGAUUUUCACAACGUGCCUGCACUUAGAUUUUUUUUUCUUUAGUGUUCAUGUCUUGUCUUUCUGUUGAGAUAUUUUGAGAUUUCAGGGGAUGUCAUUUUCACGUGUCACAAAGUAGGGAAUAAUAUCCACUAUUCAGGUUUUGGAUGGAUAAGCCAGUGAGAAGCCUCUUUUGCACGAAUUCUGUUCGGUCCUGAUGAAGCUCCGUUAUUCCACUGGCUGGACCGGAUAGAUUUCUCGCACCUGUAGAGGCUUCAAGACAGCCUCCGCGUACAUAAGAGGUGAUUCUUUUUGCAACCAGGCUAAAAAGACUUUUUUUUCCCCUUUCUCUAUGCCCCGUUUUCCACGCUUUCACCCCCAAAUGGUUUGACUGUAUCUCUGAAUCAUUGUAUAUUAUGAUUUAGUGCCUUUCUCGAGACAAUAUUUACAGCAGGGUCAGUGUUUUCAGAAAUAAUACAACCAUGUGGAUCAAAAAACCUGUAAUUUUCUGAAGUGUUCCUUUCUGCACAAUUUUUUUUAAAAAAUACAAUGGAUAUUAAAUUUCAGGGUUUUCUAUCCCGCACCCCACCCCAUAUUUCCAGCCAAACACAUAUACUUUGGGAAUUGAGCAAAUUUUGAACAUUGGGGUAAUUAACACUGCAGAAGUACAUGUUAGCGUGUUAAUGACUGUCCAAAUAGAUCCCAGAUUGAUAUAUAUAUUAAAGUAGGAGAGUUCACUCAAAAGUAAAGAGCAGGUGUUGUAACCCUACGGAACAAAGCAAUCGUACCUUUGCACAUCUGGAUUAAGCCAAAUGUCCUUUAAGUAGGCUUUACUCACUUCUCCUUGAGAAGGAGCCCCUUAGUGGCUGGGCAAGUUGCAUCAGGCGCUCUUCUUGGCAUCUUCUCUCAGUAGUCAAAAAGGGGGAAAGAGUUAUGUCUGGCUAAAUAAUCCAGGUUCCUGGAUAAUUUCUUGCCUAAAAUGUUACAUUAGAGUGGAAUGGGUGAUGGGGAGGUAAUUCUCCUUAAAUUAGCACACAUCAUUUUUUGCAGUAGUCGCAGAAUAUUAAAUUGGAUUAGGGAUUAGCCAAAGCACAUGACAGCCUGCAACUCUUGAGCAUAAAACCAGUAGGUCUCAUAUUUGAAAUAUGCCCUCUUCCUGCUGAGAAGUGCCUUAAGCAUCCAACAUUUUGUGUGUUUAAGGAAACGGAAGCUUGUGCUUUGCUUGUUACAAGCCACAACCUUUUCCUUACAAUCAUUCUUGGCUGUCAGAAAGCCUAGAGGUCAUACAGCUGUGCCUUUUCUCUUGGGGACUUUUCAGAAAGGCUGCUUUGCCUGGUGGGAGAAUCCAGAUGGUUGACUAUACAGGAUCCUUACGGGAAGUGAGGCGGCAGCCACCAUUCCUUCCCUCCCGUAGAGCUGAUUCAUGAUGCAAAUGAGACAAGGCAGGAUUGUUGUAUCCCUUGGGUUUCUGCUGAACCCAAGCUUUAGACUAAGAGUUUAACACAAACUCGGGUAAUAGAAGCAGUGAUAUAAGUUUGUAAUGGAGAGCUAUGUAGUUUUUCCCCCUGCGGUUUUUGUCCAAUGUGAAGCAGUCCUGUGAGCCUGGAGGUGCCAGAAAGCCCUGUUGUCUGGGAAAUGCCCAUUUCGUAGCUCCCUGGCAGGUUGGGUCUGGGGACGUGGCUGAGCUCUAAACACGUUGAAUGUCUUUCUUCGCUUGGUGCAACUCUAUAUUUCCUCUGUACCUGUAUAGGAAUGUGUGUUUAUGUCUAGAACGUAGAUCUCAUGAUAAUUGUAACUGUACUGUAUUUAUGAAGAAAAUACAUUUGUUUCUGAAAACGUUUGGAGUCAGUUUUUUCCCCCUAGCAGUUAAAUGGUCAAACAAAAACACCCAUGUGUUG